AAUAAAACAAAAUCAAACAUCUAAGACUAAAGUAUCGAUCCUUACACAUCCAACAUCUAAUGGAUUUAGUUUAAAGACGUCAUAAACAGACUGUUACAUUCAUUCAUCUAUUUUGAGAAAUGCUUAUUAAAACUCUCUACCAUAUCUAAAAAAUUACAAAACUUAAAUUUCAGAUAUAGAAUAUCUGAUUAUCCAUGGACAACAUACACCAAGGAAUCAGAAGAUGAGUUAUUCAGAAUCUAAAGCAAAUGAAGAAGAAUACAGAGACUUUGUGAAAGCCUUGUUUGUAAAGUAUAAACCAGAGAUGUUUGUAUCAGGAACUGCAUUUUCUACUCCUGGAGCAAUCGAAAUUGAUACAACUACACAUGCCAUUGAUGCACAUGACAUCCUCAAGAAGAAGGAUAAAGAAUUACUGGAUAACUUGAAGAAGUAUAAACAUGAAGAUGCUGAUAUUGGUAAACUCCAUAAGGAACUGAGUAAUGCUAACUUCCUCCUGGCUAACAUUGAGAAUGACAUUGAUAGCUUGAAAGCACAUGAGGAAAUGAACCAAUACCUUCUAAAUAAAAUCAAGAAUGAGCACAAAAUUCUCAGAGACGAGAAGUACUACAUUCAGAAACAGCUGACUCUGGCUAGAAGAAGUUGCAGUGGGCAGAACAAGCGCAAGAGCAAAGAGGUUGAACAUCUGAACAUUGCAUAUAAUAAAUUGGAUCAGAAGGAGAGAAGCACAAGAAGACGCAUUGCUAUUUUGGAAGCUGAGCUCUCCCUCAUUAUUUCAAAGCUGGACGUGCCUAAAUCUAAGAAGGAAAAGCCUGUAGUUCCUCCUCUUGAUCUAUCAAAACUUGGUGAGCGCAAAGUUUUGCCACCAUUGAACAAUGCACCUAAAGCACCAAGAAAAGGUGUAAAUAUAAAUUCUUUAGCAAAGGAAAACUUCAGUGAUUUCAACACUGGUACCAAGAGGAGAAUGAAGGCUCCAGAACCAAAACUGUCUAACAGUACACCUAUCAUGCAGAAUCAUGAGUUUGUGAGACCAGCUCCUUCUGUUAGAGAUAACAGAAAAAUUCAUCCAAAUAAAACUGGUCCAAGAAACCAGCCUGAUAAGAGGACUGUCAGACAGGUUAUAUACAAGAAUAAGCCAGUACAUGUACUAACAAGGAAAGAUGAAGGUACACAAGCUGAUGUUCUCAAGCUCCCUGAUAUUGUAAAAGGAUCUCAGUUAAUAGAUAAAUCCAAGAUUGUACCAAAGCAAGCCUGUGAUACCAGAAGAACUGCUCCAAGGCGUGCAGCUAGGAAACCUGCUAACAAGGAGAGACCACCAUUUUGUGAUCAGAUCAAGGCUUCUCAAUAUUUCUCCCACACUGAUCACUAAAUUUGAAUGAUUAAUCAUUUAAGAGAUUUUAUCAGUAUAAAUACUGAUGACCUAGUAUAUAGAAGGAUUUAUAUAUAUUUUUUAAUUUUGAUAAAGUUUGUUUUGAUAUUUUCAGUAUACAUUUUUAUCUCAGGGAAUCAAAUUGUAUUUAAAUUUGUUUUUAUAUUAUCCUUUUUAUACACAGCAUUUUUUUCUUCAAAUUAUGACAAGUUGUACUAUCUAAGCUUGUAAAUUUUUUUUAGAUUUUUUUUUUCUUCAAAGAUAUAAAUAUAAUAUCCUGAAUACUGUAUUACUAUAAGAAAGAUUGGUUGAUCCUUUAUGCGAAACCAUUCUUUCAAAUUCCAUCUGCUAUACUGAACACUAGAAUUUUGCAAUAGUCAGAAUUUCAACAAAUAUAUCAUACUAACAACUUUCUCAAUUUUAAAUCUCAUUAAAACAAGGGGUAAGAGAACUUAAAAAUUAAUUUUUGGAUGAAAUUUUGUUUUUGUUCAUGCUGUCUUGGCAUUUAAAAAACGUAUGUUUGUUAAUGAGGGGUGUUAUUCUUCUACCAACUUAGUUUCUUUUUGU